AUGGAUCGGAUUCGUGCGGGAAUUGCAAGUAACUCACCCCUUGCUGGAGAAUAUGACUUCAACCGCUCAACAAUUGCCGACCUAUAUGACCCUUUUACUUCUCACCUUCAUACACCCGCCUUCCCUCCUGGUGGAUAUCCACCGCAAUACGCGCCAUAUGAAGUUGAUGUUAGGACUGAGCGACAAACAUUUGUUAAUGAUGUUCCAUUAAGACAUGACUCGUCGGUGUCGACAUUCAGUGCAAUGGCGCCACCCCAACUCCAUAACACUCUCCCCACGUUCCACGGAGAUGAGUGGUUACAAGAAGACUGUUUCAAGCAAGCCGGACCCGCGGACUUUGACCCAAAUUCUUUUCAAGCGAGUUAUAUAUCCCCUUCUUCAAACUUUCAAACAGCAACUAUUCCGGUGGAUGAUCAUGACCGGCCACUUUUGGACCAUUUUGUCGACCAUGUCUUGCGAAUGAUAUAUCCCAUCCUGGAAGCUCACCAACAGAGUAUUGCGCGCACUGAAGCAAUUCUGAAGGCAUUGGAGUCAAACAGGUCAUAUUUGCAUUGUUGUUUGAGCGUUUCCGCUAUUCAUCUGAAGACCACCGUUGGACUUGAAGGAGAACAGAUCGACCACGACAUCAUGAGACACCGUUACGAUGCGAUUUCACAACUAUGCCAGGCCCUUAACCGAGACACAGACCACGAAAGCAUUCUCGAUGCGACAUUGGCAAUGAUCUUCUUCCAUUGCUCGGUUGGAGCACCUGAUGACUCUCUGCCUGACAUUCCAUGGAGCGAUCAUUUCCAAGCUGUCUCGAACCUCGUCAACCGGCUUGAGGUUUCGGCAACGGAACAGCCCAAUCUACAGAUUCAUGCAGUUUCUCCAUUCAGCAUGUCCCUAACAUCAUGGAUUGAUAUCUUGGGAGCGACAAUGCUUGGCAAGACCCCGCAGUUUGCCCACACCUAUCGCUCUAAGCACUUGACAGGGACAUCAACUGGGUUACGUGAGCUGAUGGGAUGUGACGAUCGUAUCAUGUAUCUCAUCUCUGAGAUUGCCUGCCUUGAUUCCCUGAAAUUAGAAGGUCGGAUAGAUGAGCUCACUGUCUGCCACCAUGUUUCUGCUCUUGGCGCCCAACUUGAACACACACGAUCUGCGGAGGAUGUUCUCGCGCACCCCUACACAGCUGCUGGCACAAUUCAACCUGAGCAGUUGACUAUAAACAUUACCUCAAUUUUCCGCCUCGCGGCUCGCAUAUACCUAUGCAGUCUGGUUCCCGGCUUUGAUCGCAGUCAGCAAAGCAUUGUCAACCUUGUAUCGGCAGUCAGCCAUGCACUCCAGUUCAUUCCCGCCGGGCCUUACGGAUUUGAUCGCUCCCUCGUCUGGCCACUGCUUAUAACCGGCUCCUUUUCAGCUCCAGGCAGCGAGUUCCGCGGCUUCCUGUCCGAGCGAGCAGAUGCACUUGGCGACAUAGGCGACUUUGGAAGCUUUGGUCGCAUGUAUCGUCUGGUUCAGGAAGUCUGGAGAAUCUCAGAUGACACAUUCUCGCUUUCAAGCGAGUCUGAUCACGGCUCAGCCCGAAGUUCACCAAAGGCUGAUAAGUCUUCCUCUGCUGAAGCCGGACGCUCGAUGGGAAGAGCGAUCAAAAAGCAAAGUGUGCAUUGGCGUGACAUCAUGCAGCGUAACGGAUGGCGAUAUUUGUUGAUGUGA